AUGUAUAGGGAUUUGGAAGCACAGAACCCUCAGCUGUACACCUCAAAUGGAGUGCUGAUGAUGUUAGACAGGAAUCGGAAGUGUAAAGACCACCCGGAGAGAUUUCAAGAAACCAUGCCUGUGGAAGCAUUCGACAUUAUAGUGUCGUGUGAAGAGCGUGUAUUCGACCAAAUACUACAAGCUUUUGAUGAAUAUGAGGGCGGAAUGGAAACUGUACACAUAGUCAACCUGGACAUCAAAGACAAUCACGAGGAUGCUACCAUUGGGUCGUUCGCCAUGAACGAUUUAUGUCAUAUGAUUGAGAAAAGUGAUGACCUUGAUGAGGAUAUGGAGGACAUCAUUCUGAGGUGA